AUGGCAACAGGUCGGGCAGCGCAACGCCCGCCUCCGCAGCCACAUACUCGCGGAAUCGCAAUCCUCCGAGUCCUCGUGGACAGUUUGUUUUCGUUUUGGCAGCAAAAGCAAAGUCGGGGGAACUCCCGGGCCGACGAAUUUUGCGCGCUAAAAAUAACGGUUGCCCGCCAAUCAAAUCCAGUCCUGUCAACUAACUUAAACAUAAUCCUUCAUCAUCCUUGGAGUGCCGAAUCGAAAGGAGUCGCCUUGGGCGCCAAAGUCAAAAUCAGGCGUUGGAGCAGAAAUGCGUUCCGCGCCUUUCUCGCUGACUCUGACUCUGCAAUUAGCCAGAUCCGGUGAACAGGCGGACGGGAUGCGUCUGCUGUCCUGAACGAAUCCGCUGCGAAACACCAGAAUGACGGGCGCCAACAUCGACUACGACUACCUGCUCAAGUUCCUGGUCCUUGGAGACUCCGGCGUGGGUAAGACUUGCCUCCUCUAUCAGUAUACGGAUGGCCGCUUCCACACUCAAUUCAUCUCCACUGUGGGCAUUGACUUUCGCGAGAAGCGUCUGUUGUACAACUCCCGCGGAAGGCGCCACCGCAUUCACCUGCAGAUCUGGGACACCGCCGGACAGGAGCGCUUCCGGUCGCUGACCACGGCGUUCUACCGCGACGCCAUGGGUUUCCUGCUCAUCUUCGACUUGACCAGCGAGAAGAGCUUCCUGGAGACGGCCAACUGGCUGUCGCAGCUGCGAACGCAUGCCUAUUCGGAGGAUCCAGACGUGGUCCUCUGCGGCAAUAAGUGCGACCUGCUGCAGCUGCGCGUGGUGAGCCGUGACCAGGUGGCGGCCCUCUGUCGACGCUAUCGAUUGCCCUAUAUUGAGACGAGCGCUUGCACCGGCGCCAAUGUCAAGGAGGCCGUUGAACUUCUAGUGGGCCGCGUCAUGGAGCGAAUCGAAAACGCGGCCUGCAACCGGGAGUUCUCCCUGCUGCUCACACAGUCGCGCUGCCUGCCGAACAUUGCCUAUGGGCAACCGGAAGAGCUGCUGCGUCUACACGAACGACGGGAGGAGCCUUCCCCGCGGCGAAACUGCCGCAACUGCUAGGAUCUAUCCCCAUCUCGCCCUUCUUCCUCUUUGUUCCUUGACACUUGUUUCCGAAUCUAAGUGUGUUUCGCUGUAAAUAAAUGUUGAUUGUUGAGUGGAAAA